AGUCAUCAUUACAAGUUGCUGGAGUAAACUUGUCCAACCAAAUUGUCUAUUUGUAUUAUUAUACGCUUGUAUAGUCUGUGGCGUUAUGUGAUGCGCACGUCUGUUAUGUACUUGUGAUUACAAUAAAUACGUACAUACGUAAUAUAUCAAGGUUACGAUAAUUUUAUUAGUUGAUAAACUUAUGUAAAGUUAAUUCACAAUCUAACUAGUUUUCAAUGAGGUGUCUAAUAAGGUGAAUUUUAUGUAUAAAAUAAAUAGAGAAACAAUAGUCAACUACCUGCGACCGGAACUUUUAAAUUGUUAGUGUCUAUUGCGGAAGUGGUAAAAAAAUUUAAAAAAAAUGGAGAUACGUCAAAGAAAGUUAAAAGAUGAUACUGCAGCCCCACAUAUCAACAUUAGAAGUAGGAAUAUAAAGCACCCAAGAAAAUUGAAGAAGAUUUUUAUUUUCCUCAUAGUAUUGGCAUUAUGCAUCACAUACUUUUUAGAUAGCUACAUAUGUAUGAAAACGGAGGUGUUACGACGCAUCAGAAAUGAACCUUCGGAUUGCAGAUUUUGGCUGUUGGCGGGCCAGUCACAAUGGCUGGAUGGCAUCGCGAAGAGUUUGGGCUACGAGAGUGUCUAUCACCACGCGGUCAUCAUCGAUGCUGGCUCUUCGGGAUCCAGGGUGAUUGCUUAUAAGUUUAGAGUACCUUUGACACUGUAUAACUUUGUUUCAGUAUACGGCCCGAGUAACCUGGACUUAGUUGAAGAGUUCUUUGAGCAGUCCAAACCCGGACUCUCGUCUUACGCCGACGACCCUGCAAAGGGUGCAGAUACAAUAGUGCAAUUAAUAAAGAAAGCGGAGUUCCUCACUCCUCCCGAGAAGAGGAAGUCCACUCCUCUCAUAGUGCGGGCCACGGCUGGGCUGCGGCUGUUGCCAGCUGAUAAGGCGCAGCAAUUAAUUGACCAUGUCGCUAGAGCUAUAAUGCAGCUGGGUUACGACGUGGCUCCCGAUGGUGUCAAGAUCAUGGACGGCUCUGAUGAAGGAAUCUUCAUCUGGUACACCAUCAACCUCUUGCAUAACCUAAUAGGAGGGACAACGAUGGCGGCCCUGGACCUCGGCGGCGGGUCCACACAGAUCACUUACCAGUUGAGCGACAAAGAGACUGCCAACUUCCCCAAAAAGGACCAAUACGUCGUGCCCGCUGGGGAGAACAUCACCCUGUAUACACAUAGCUACUUGAAGCUGGGUCUUUUAGCGGCUCGUUACGGCGUGUUCCAAACAGAGGCGUCGCAGGCAGACACGCAAGAGUUCCGCUCAGUGUGCGUGGACCCCAUCAUACAGCGGGAACCGUGGACCUAUGCCAACAAGAACUACUUCGUCAGCGGCGCAUUCCGCGUGCACGGGUCGAAGCGGGCGGCGAUAUACUCGGCGUGCCACGCAGUGGUGCGGCGCAGCGUGCUGCCCGCCGUGGACUGGGAGCCGCGCCGCGCGCCGCUCGGCAGCAUCGCCGCCAUGAGCUACUUCUACGACGUCGCCGCCGACGCCGGCAUUAUAGAUGUAAUGACAGGCGGGCAAGUGUCGGUGGCAGCUUACCGCAAGGCAGCUUUGGAAGCGUGUUCCACUCCCAACGUGGACCAGCCGUGGGCCUGCAUAGACUUGGUAUACAUCGUCACGCUACUGCAGGACGUGUACAAGAUCAGUGACGAGGAACCUGUUUAUUUGUUCAAGAAAGUGAACGGGCACGAAGUAUCGUGGGCGCUGGGACUCGCGUACACGACCAUCAUGAACCGCAUCGUGAUCACGCCUUAGUGUCGCAUCCAGUGAGGAUCACGAGCCAACCUGCAGACCAACGCUACUUCACGUGGUUACAUACACCAACAUAUACAGCUGAUUAUAAUAAUAAAGCUAGGAAAAUAUGCACAAGUUUACUCAAGUUUUUGAGUAAAUCAACGUCUCCUAAUGUUAUAGUAAAACUUCAUUAAACUGUAAAAAUAAGUGUCUGUCACUGCAGUUGAAGCCUUAUUUGGAUAGUGUGAAGAUUGAUUUACGUAAUGUAACCACAUGAAAGUCUAAAAGAGUGGGUUCGCUACAGGUCUGAGUCGAAAGGAAUUGAAUAGUUUGAGUAUGUGUGAGAAUGAAUGAUUUUUCAUUUGCCAUAAAAAUCUCAGUGAUUUGUAAUUUUAAACCUUAAUAUUAUAUUUGGUUGUUAUAGGCAUUUUAGAAUUACUAUUUAAAUCCGUUUCGACUCCAGACUAUUAUAAUCUUAACAAAAUUAUGUGAUUUGACCUGAAACCAUUACCUCUUCGGUACUCUAUGUGAUAUAAAUAAUAUAUAUCUUAAGUACUUUAUAAUUUCUUGUCUAUUCCACUAUAUUUGUAAAUAAUAAUUCGCUGAAAGCUGUCUAUAAUAUAUUUUCAAUACCCAUAGUUCGACGCACAUAAAGUAAUAUAGGAUGUAUGUUGUAAUACUGUUGCCUAUGUGGAUAGGUAAAAAUAAAGAUGGCAGCACUAUAGGCGGCUCUGACUUGCCUUAGCCAAUUACAAACCGUUAUUUUGACAGUUUGAAUGUCAUCUGUCAAACUUUAGUAAAACCAAUUUAUUUUCCCGUUAGAAAAAUGUUCGAAUUGAAGCCUUAUGAAUGCGACGCAUUUUGCACUGAAACAAAGCUGUUGCAUUUUAAAUAUAAAAGAUAUAAAUAAAUAAACUUUGUGAGCGUAUUGAAGCUGGUCUUUAUCGCUUACUGAAGUUGUAUGUUCAAUUCCUGUCGUUUUAUUUAUUCAAUAGAAAUGAGAUAAAUUGUGAUUUUCUGUGUGUUAGCCAUUCAGAGUAUUAGAUCUGUUAUUGAUAUUGAAUAAAUUAUUUACGGAUCCUAUAACUAGAAAUGUUAAUAGCUAAAAUUAUACAAAGAAAGGUAGCAAUUUUAUUUCAUCAUAAUAUCUACAAAAUAUAUGCGAUUCUGUGAGUACUAAACUAAGUUAUGAGAAACUUUUCAGAAAUUAGAAAUGACUGCUAUGGAUGACUUGCUUCGUAAACGAAUAUAUGCAUACAUAACCUCAUGCCUGUCUCCCAUGGGGGUAGGCAGAGGUAAUCGUAAAGGAAUAUUUGCUAGAUAAAAAGUAGGUACUUAUAUACAUCUAAACGAUAGAGCAAACAACCGAAAUCAGUUAAAUAAAAACGUGUUUUAGAAAAGAAAUAUUUUUAUUUUUAUCUAAAGUUUAGCUGACCUAUGCGUGUCAUAAAGCUAUAAUAAUAUCCACGUAAUAGUUACUAGACCUUCGUGUAACUUUACAAAUAAACUGAUUAUUGAAUAAUCUGUGGAUUUCGCAAACUCACAUUGAAAAAUGCAACAAUAAUUAUGUAGAUGAACGAUACAAGAUUCUUAACUUUAUGUAUCUAUUAUGUGGCAUAGGCGUAGCCAGUUAGAUAAAAUUUAAGUUGCUAGUAACUGGUUAUAUAAACAUAUAUUCUCAUGAAUGAAGGAAGUUCAUGAAGGAAGUUUUCUUCGUUUUACUUUCUUGAACCCCUCCCGAUACUAAAACCUGGCUACGCCUAUGUUAUGUGGUAAUACAGUUUUAUUCGGAAAUACGGGUAUUUAAUUAUUUCCAUAACAAAGCAUUUGAAUGCUUCCUUUCUUUGUGUAAAUACAGAGAUCCGAUUUAUUUAUGUACUAGAUAAUGCUGUAUGCACAUAAAUAUAAUAAUAGACACAAUUAUUUCAAUGCACAAUUGAAUUAUUUACAUAAAGUUUAUUAUUGCUCAUUUGUAUUUUGUAUGUUGAUAUUUAUUAUUUAAGUAAUGUUUUUUCGCUGUUUUUAUAUGUAAUGUACUAAGGUAUCAUAAAGUUAUGGAGAUGGAAACUUUCUUUGGUUGUUGAUUCAUAAAAAGCACAAUGUUGCUUCGACAACUUAUUCCCGAAUAAUAAUAUCGAAAGGUUAGUAUGAGUAUAAUAUUUUGCUCUUAAUCACCAGAGUAAUUUAAUGGUUUCUUAACCCAGUCCUUAGUAAUUGUUUUCGGAACAAAAUCGUUGCUAGGGAAUAGUUUAAGUUGUCAUUAAAGGUCUCUGAGUGCGGCAGUAAGUCGUAUUUUUAUUUCAUCGUAUAUUCCUGGAUUAAUAAAGGUUUAAAUAAAUAAAUAAAUAAAAUAUUCCGAAUUGGCGUAUUGUAAAGGUUACAUAAAUAUAUGCACAAAAUAUUCUCAUAACUCGGGAUAUUAGUUUAUGUUUAUUCUUAUACUAAGGGCCUGUUUCACCGUUAGGUUGUAAUUAUUAGCCUAAAAUCCGUCAAAUAAGCUAAGACACACUUAGGGCUACAUUUCAUCUGGACGCCAUGUCGGCACAAUCAGCCGCGCCAUCGUGGUUUCUGUAAGCUAUCAAACUGGACACCAUACAGAUACCAGAGCCGCCAUACCACACUGCGACAGUAUUAAAAUGGACUUGGAAGAGAUAGCACUGGCGGCCGGACUGAGACUGAGUGUAUGACACACCAUACAGCGCUAUAGUAAUGAGUGGUGGCGUCACCAGUUGCGCAACUAAGCGGACACCAGAUGCGUAACUCUCUAUAGAGCGGUAUGCAUUUUGUUGGCAGCAGUGGCUGGUUGCGCUGCCAUGGUCUCCAAUAUAACCCUUAAAUAGAAAUGGUGAAAGAAGCCCUUAGAUUACAAAGUAACUGCGAUUUGACGUGAUUUCAGUAUGCCAUGCAUUAUUAGUUCAAGUAUGUGAGAACUUUGCAUCAAAGGGAUACAUAGUACUGUUGUGUUUAGUUUAUUCUUUAGCCUUCUAAGCUAAGCGAAUAUUCUAAUAAUAUUCUGUGAACGUGUCGUCUCUUUUGAGAUACAAUAUUGCAAUAGAGAAAGUAUAUGAUUAUAUUAUUAUGAGACUGUGAAGUCCAUAAAAUGGUUGAUAGGAAAUAACAGUAUACAUUUAAGUUCUUUAAUCGUGACUAUUUAGUUAAGGUAUGUUUUAGUUGUUUAUGUUCUCAGAAAUGCAUUAUUUUUUUAUUAAAUGGAGGUUGUAUGUGUGAUUUGAGUUAUAAAAUAACUUAUCGUGUAAGUUCUUAUGAUAAGCACUUUCAAAUUUAUAAAUAUUCAAAUGCUAUUUUUAUGAGGACGUUGUUUUCCAUUUUCUAUGCAAUAUAUGAAACGUUUUGUAGCUUCCUUGCACUAUUUAGGUAUUGAUACCUAGCCGACGUGGUCAUAUUGGUGUUAUGUGUAAAUUGUACAAAUUUAAUAAAUGUUGGAUCUUAA